UUAUGUUAAGGGGCACUCUAAUGGGUACAUUUUAUGUUAAGGGCACUCUGAUAGGCACAUUUUAUCUUAAGGGGCACUCUGAAGGGCCAUUUUAUGUUAAGGGGGCACAAAUUAGCACAUACUGUGGAGAAAGGGGCACUCUGAUGGGCACAUGUGAUGUAAAGGGGCACUCUGAUGGGGAAAUAUGAUAGAAAGGGGUACUUUGAGUUAAUACCUGAUAUAAGGUGGCAAUGCGAUGGGGAUACCAGAUGUAAAGGAGCACUCUGAUGGACACACCUGAUGUGAUGGGAAUACAUGAUGUAAAGUUGCUCUCUUAGGUGACACCUAAUAAGGGGGGGCACACUAAUAGGCACACCCUAU